AUGAAGAACUUCAUCACCCUCGCGGCUUUCGCUGCCGGCUCCAACGCCCUCGUUGGCCGCAGUGAUACCUGCUGCUUCCACCUCACCUCCUCUGGCGGUGCUUCCGGCGAGCUCGGCCAGCUGAGCGACGGCCAGAACCGAAUUGGUGAUAACACCCUGUCGGCCGCUCAGUACUGUAUUGACUCCAAGGGUGCCAUCACCGACAACAAGGGCCGUGGCUGUAUCCUGACCCCCCCAACCACCCAGCUCCAGUGUGAUGAAGGUGCAUCUCCUACUCCAGGCUUCUCCAUCAACUCCAACGGCCAGCUGGAGUACGACAAUAGCAGCAACUUCAUUGCCUGUGAAACCGGUCAGCGCGGUGGUCUGAAUGUCUACACCACCAACAGUACCGAUGUUACUCAGUGCAAGAACAUACAGCUCAAGGCUGACUCCUGCUCCAACUCGGGCUCUGGUUCCGGCUCUGGCGCCUCCACAUCUUCCCCGGCCGCCCAACCCUCUGGUUCCUCAGGCGUGCCGACAGCUUCUGCCUCUGCGUCCGGCGGUGGUUCCGGACCCGGUGGUGCUGGCUCGGAGUCUACCCCCGCUGGCUCAGGUUCCGGUUCCCAGCCUACUGCUAGUACCCCCGGCUCCGGCUCGGGCUCUGCUGGCGGCGGUGGUGGUGUCCCCGUUCCCUCGGGCUCCGCUCCUGGCGGCUCGGGCGCUGGCGAGUCUUCUCUGCCUGGCUCUCCUCAGACUGUGAUGACUACUGUUACCGUUACUGAAAACAGCUGCUCUGCCUCUGGUGUUCCUGGUUCCCCUGGUGGUUCCCCUGCCCCUGGUGGUGGUGGCUCUGGUGCUCAGCCUAGUGGCCCUGCUGGCGGUUCGCAACCCUCUGGAAAUGCUCCUGGUGGUGGAGGUGCCGUCACUGGCGGCGGCGGAGGUUCUCAGCCGUCCCAAACUGCUCCCGCUCCUGGUGGCGGCUCUAGUGCUCAGCCUAGUGGUCCUGCUGGUGGUUCACAGCCCUCUGGAUCUGCCCCUGGUGGCGGCGGCGAAGCUCAACCUUCCGAGUCUGCCCCUGCUCCUAGUGGUGGUGGUGCUGGCGGCGGCGGUGGAGGUUCUCAGCCCUCUCAAUCUGCUCCCGCUCCUAGCGGCGGCGGUGGUGCUCAAUCAUCCCACUCUGCUCCCGCUCCUUCUGGCAGCGGCAGCGGCAGCAAGCCUUCCCAAUCUCCCUCGUUCUCUCGUGUGCCUAGUGGCCCCAAGCCCACCGACUCUGCCAGCGCCUCUGUCCCGGCUACCUCAGCCUCCUCUACCCCUUCGGCCAGCAAGUCUUCUAGCGGUAGCUGCCCUACCAACCUGACCUCUGGCGACUACCAGUACCCUCAUCUGAUCAUUCCCGUUGACUCGACCAAGCCCGACGAGGCCGCCGGUACCUCCUACAAUGGUACCGUGUCUUCAACCGUCUCGACCGCGUUCAACUUCGACAUUCCAGAGUCUUACGCCGGCAAGACUUGCAGCCUGGUCUUCCUCUUCCCCUUGAAGAAGAACCUUGAGACCACUGACUACACCUUCAGCGGUGAUGGCAAGAUCGACUUUGCUAAGCUCUCGUCCGUUGUCAGCGAGCAGACCAGCUCUAGCAACAUGCCCUCCGUUGCCCAGGAUCUCGGCGACAUCACCAUCUCCCCGGGCAACGGUUAUGUUGUCUCCACCUUCUCCUGUCCUGCCGGCACUACUGUGGCCUACGAAAUGAAGGAGGCUGGCAGCACCAACAUCAACUGGUUCAAUGACUGGAACCCCUCUCCUCUGGGUCUCUUCAUUACCACUUGCUAA